AUGACGGGCCAGGUCGACGACACCUCCAAGUCUCGCUCGUCCUCGGACAACCAGAGCAAGCAGCCGUUCGACAACGAAAAGCACAUCGCCUCGGUCGGCCUCGCCGAGCUCGAUGCCCAGCCUUCGUCCCAGAUCGAAAAGGUCCAGGAGGUGCUCCACGAUGAAGAGCUCCUCACUCCCGAAGAGGACAAGCGUCUCCUCCGCAAGAUCGACUGGUACACGGUCCCGAUCAUGAUGUCCAUCUACGGCAUGCAGUACGCCGACAAGGUCUCGCUCAGCGCCGGCGUCAUCUUCGGACUGCGGGAGGACACGCACCUCGUCGCCAACGAGUACGCCUGGCUCACGACCAUCUUCUACCUUGGCUACCUCGUCGCCCAGCCGCUCCUCAACUACCUGAUGCAGCGCGUCAAUGCCUCUCGCUUCCUCUCGAUUCUCAUUGUCCUCUGGGGCGCCGUCGUCAUGUGCCUCGCCGCCUGCAACAACUUUUCCUCGCUCAUGGCGGUCCGGUUCCUGCUCGGCGCCAUGGAGGGCGGCGUGACGCCCGGGUUCAUGCUCAUCGUGUCGAGCUGGUACAAGAAGUCGGAGCAGAACUCGAGGCAGCUCCUCUACCUCGCCAUGAACACCGGCUUCUCGGUAUGGACGACGGUCGUCAUCUACUUUCUCGCCAAACGCUCGGAAGAGCAGGGCGGUCUGAGCGGCUGGCGCGUCAUCAACCUCUUCCUCGGCGGCGUCACCAUCUUUGUCGGCCUGCUCGCCUGCGCAUUCCUCCGUCUGCCCUCGAACGCGUGGUGGCUGAGCGAAAAGGAAAAGAAGGCCGCCCGUGCCCGCAUCGUUGACAACGCUACGGGCAGCGGCGACACGCAGAAGUGGAAGUGGGACCAGGUGCGCGACGCCUUCACCGACCCGACGACCUACUUCAUCUUCUUUAUCUCGGUCGUCAGCUGCAUCCCCAACGGAGGCAUCACGACCUUCCAGACCAUCGUGUACAAGUCGUUUGGGUUCACGCCGCUCGAGAGCAUCCUGUACCAGCUGCCGUCGUACGCCAUGUCGGUGUCGUGGAUCUUUUUCUGCAUCGGCGUGCUGCACUUUUUCCCGCGCCUCCGCUUCUUCUUCAUGUGCUUCACCGUCCUGCCGGCCUUUGUCGCCGUCCUCACCGCCGGUCUGCUCCCCUCGGACCCAAGCUACAAGUGGAUCAAGUACGGCGUGUACCUCAUGAGCAUCCUCUAUGCGCUCCAGACGUUCCUCAUGUGGUCGCUGAUGCCCUCAAUCAUCGCAGGCCGCACCAAGAAGACGGUCGUCAGCACCCUCACGUUUGUCGGCUACUGCACCGGCAACAUGAUUGGACCCCAAGUCUUCCGAAGCAACGACGCGCCGCUCUACCGGACGGGCCUCGUCGUCACGGCAAGCAUGCUCGCCCUCGUCUUUGUCCUCUGCCUCGCCUGGCUCGCCUACCUCGUCUGGACCAACGCGCGCCGCCGCAAGGUCCUCCGCGACAUGGGCGUCUCCGAGGAAGAGCGCAUCCUCAAGAACAAGAUCAACGGCGAACUCGACAUGACCGACAACAAGAACAUCUACUUCCUGUACAACUACUAG